AUGAGCCGGAUGCGCGAUGAGGACGAUGAAGAGUUAGACGAGAGCUUUCAGCACGCGGACAUCCCCAACACUUUCCGGGAGCUUCGCGCCUGCAUGACGUGCUCUCUCGUCAAGACAUUCACGCAGUUCUACGACACAGGCUGCGAGAACUGCGCCUUCCUUCAGAUGGCAGACAACCGUCAGCGCGUGGCUGAGUGCACCUCCGCCUACUUCGAAGGCAUGAUCGCCAUGAUGCAACCCAAGGAGAGCUGGGUGGCCAAGUGGCAGCGAAUUGUUCGCUUAAUCCCAGGCAUAUAUGCUGUGUCUGUGUCGGGGGAGCUACCCGACUCGAUCAAGCGUUUUCUCGAGGACAGGAACAUCCCAUACCGCGUGCAGAAUUAAGAUGUUGUGGAGCAGCAAUGCAGAGCUGCAGUGCGUGGCGUCUCAUUUGUCUAAUGAAAUGCGUCUCCGC